GAGACCACGCUACGAGACAAAGGACCUAGUAUUGCACAUUCGAAUGUUGACGGUUAUACAUGUAUAGCUCAACUUGAGCAUGCUAACGACUUUUGUGUAUACAUGAUAUUUGAGGGUUGUAGAAGGUGGAUUUAAAUGUACUCAACAAUGACGGAUGUCAAAGUAAAACAAGAAUCUACAGAUGUUGCGGACAUCGAAAACAGGAUAAAAGAACUCUGCCAACAGUUCCCUCACGGGAUAACUGACCAGGUCAUCCAGAAUGACAUGCCGAACUUGGAAGCACAGCUCAGGGCCAUGGCAAUCAACAGACUUUUGUCACUGGGUCAGCUGGACUUACUACGAAACAGCUCUGGACUUCUGUACCGGAUGAAGAAUACCCAAACAGCCAGCAAAAUGAAAGGCUCUGACAAUCAAGAGAAGCUGGUGUAUCAGGUCAUAGAGGAUGCGGGGAACAAAGGGAUAUGGAGCAGAGAUAUUAGAUACAAAAGCAACCUUCCUCUAACAGAGAUAAACAAAAUCCUCAAGAAUCUAGAGAGCAAGAAGCUCAUCAAGGCUGUCAAGUCUGUGGCUGCCUCAAAGAAGAAGGUUUACAUGCUGUACAACCUGCAGCCUGACCGCUCCGUGACUGGGGGAGCCUGGUACAGUGACCAAGACUUUGAGUCUGAAUUUGUUGAGGUUCUCAAUCAGCAGUGUUUCAAGUUCCUCCAGAGCAAGGCUGACGCAGCAAGGGAUAGCAAACAGAGCCCCAUGGUGCAAAGGAACAGCUCUUUUGCUACCUCUCAUGAAGUUUGGAAGUAUAUUUGUGAACUGGGAAUUAGCAAGGUUGACCUGUCGAUGGAAGACAUCGAAACCAUCUUGAACACGCUGAUCUACGACGGGAAGGUUGAGAUGACCAUCAUAGCGGCCAAGGAGGGCACGGUGGGCAGCGUAGACGGCCAGGUGAAGCUGUACCGAGGAGUCAACCCCAUCAUCCAGCCCACGGGCCUGGUCAAGGCUCCCUGUGGCCUCUGUCCGGUGUUUGAUGACUGUCACGAAGGAGGAGAGAUCUCACCCUCCAAUUGUAUCUACAUGACAGAAUGGCUCAACUUUUGAGAAGCGACGUGUCAUUUCUUUUGUAUUGUUUUUCUCUGUGGAGAAAGUAAAUCUGCAUAUUGUUUCAGCUACGAACAUUAUUAAAUGUUUAAAGGAUGCUUGGUUACACAUCCAAAAAACAGAUGAUUGCAGCAGUAUUUCCACUUAUCUUCCUGUAAAAAUCCCUCAAAGUCCAAAUAUAUCCUUAUUUAUCUGGCAUAUUAAAUAAUACGUUUAAAUGUUCUGUUCAGAUCUUUGGAUAUGUGAUGGGCACAAACUGAAACAUAUCAUGGAAUUUGGUCAAACUAGAAGUUAACUGCCAAUUCAAUGGAUUCUAUAAUGUAGGAAAGUAGCCUGGUGACCUUUCUGAGUUUUGCUGUCAUUCUUUUUCACUUGUAUAAUAAUAAAGGGUGUGCACAGCAGUCAGUCUGGAAAACCUUUCUUAUGGCAAAUCUGGUCAUGGUUAAAGCUGUGAUGGAGAGAGGGACUGUCCUUCACUGUUGCAGCCUCCAGAGUUCUCCAGCUUUGACAUUCUGUUUGGAAUUGUCGCCACCUAUUUGCAGUUGCUACUGUACAC